CGCUUCAACCCAACUUGCUGGCGGCGAGCGGAACGCCUUCCCGGGAGCGCUCCUCCAGACCGCAAUUGGCUGCAGCCCCGCGGAGAGCGACUCAUCAUUGGCCUGAGCACCUUGUCAAUCACCUUGUAUUUAUAUGUCUCCCCCCCCCCCCCCAAAACAAUUAGCAAUAUUACCGUGUCUGUGCAAAACAAGAGGGAGAAAGAACUCGAUUUUCUCAGUUACUUGCUGUCACCAAGAGAUGCAAGAGCAGAAAUUACACUAUUGCUACUAGCCUGCUGUUACAGUAACAUGGACUUCCUUACGACACCUUGAUCUGGCGAAAUCUGACUCUGCUGAUGUUCGCAUCACUGCUGCAAGAGUUAAAAACCAAUUUAAAAUUUGCAGACUCCCAUUGGAACUGUCAAUAGGACUGCCAUACCAGUACCUGGUGUGGAUUUUUCAACAUCAGCUGAAACCUUUUUUAUUCAGUGGAAAAAAUGACUAAUAACACAACAAGCCACCAUCCAGGCAAUUCUGUUGCCGAGGGCAACCAUGACAGUGAAUUUGGCUGCACUGUCGGAGAUCUGCGGGCCCUCAUGGAAUUGCGGUCUGGUGAAGCAGUCCAUAAAAUCCAUGAAACGUAUGGUGAUGUUCAGGAUAUCUGUAGAAGAUUAAAAACUUCUCCAGUAGAAGGUUUAUCUGGCAACCCAGCUGAUCUCGACAAACGAAAACAAGUGUUUGGUCAGAACUUUAUACCACCCAAAAAGCCAAAAACAUUUCUGCAGUUAGUAUGGGAAGCACUACAAGAUGUAACUUUAAUUAUACUAGAGAUUGCAGCCAUUAUAUCUUUGGGCCUUUCCUUUUACCGCCCUCCUGGAGGGGACAGCGAAUUAUGUGGGGAAGCCACAAGUGGCGAGGAUGAAGGAGAGGCAGAGGCUGGCUGGAUUGAAGGUGCAGCUAUUCUCCUCUCGGUUAUUUGUGUGGUACUGGUGACAGCCUUCAAUGACUGGAGUAAGGAGAAGCAGUUCCGUGGGCUGCAAAGUCGCAUUGAACAGGAGCAGAAGUUCACUGUGAUCCGCAAGGGUCAGGUUAUCCAGAUUCCAGUGGCAGAGAUUGUUGUAGGCGACAUUGCUCAGAUUAAAUAUGGUGACCUCCUGCCAGCUGAUGGUAUCCUCAUCCAAGGCAAUGAUUUAAAAAUAGAUGAAAGUUCUUUGACAGGAGAGUCAGAUCAUGUGAGGAAAUCAAUGGAGAAGGACCCCAUGCUACUCUCUGGUACCCAUGUAAUGGAAGGCUCAGGACGGAUCCUGGUAACUGCAGUAGGUUUGAACUCCCAGACUGGUAUCAUUUUCACAUUAUUAGGAGCAGGUAGUGAUGAGGAAGAGAAGAAAAACAAGAAGGGUAAAAAACAAGGAGCCCCAGAAAAUCGCAACAAAGCUAAAGCUCAGGAUGGUGUUGCACUGGAGAUUCAACCGUUGAAGAGCGAGGAAGGUGGUGACCCGGAAGAGAGAGAGAAGAAAAAAUCAAACAUACCAAAGAAAGAAAAAUCUGUCCUACAGGGAAAGCUCACCAAAUUGGCAGUGCAGAUUGGAAAAGCAGGUCUGCUGAUGUCAGCAGUCACAGUCAUCAUCCUUGUGUUGUUUUUCGUUAUUGAUACCUUUGGGAUUCAAGGAAGACCAUGGCUAGCAGAUUGUACCCCAAUUUAUAUCCAGUAUUUUGUGAAGUUUUUCAUCAUUGGAGUCACUGUGCUUGUAGUGGCUGUACCAGAGGGUCUUCCACUUGCUGUCACGAUCUCUCUGGCCUAUUCCGUGAAGAAAAUGAUGAAGGACAAUAAUUUGGUCAGACAUUUGGAUGCCUGCGAAACUAUGGGCAAUGCUACAGCCAUUUGCUCAGACAAAACGGGUACACUCACCAUGAACAGGAUGACUGUAGUACAAUCAUAUAUUGGAGAAACACACUACAGGCAAAUACCUGCCCCAGAUGCACUUUUACCAAAAGUUUUGGAACGGAUUGUCAAUGGAAUUGCCAUCAACUCUGCUUAUACUACCAAAAUACUGCCCCCUGAGAAAGAAGGAGGCCUUCCUCGUCAUGUAGGGAACAAGACUGAAUGUGCUUUGCUUGGCUUUGUGCUGGAUCUGAAACAAGAUUAUCAGGCCAUACGCAAUGAAAUUCCAGAAGAGAAACUCUAUAAGGUGUAUACCUUCAACUCUGCACGCAAAUCCAUGAGCACUGUACUAAAGAAUGUUGAUGGGAGUUUUCGCAUGUACAGCAAGGGGGCCUCCGAGAUUCUCCUACGCAAGUGUACUAAAGUACUAACUAAAACUGGAGAUGUAACAGUAUUCAAGGUAAGAGACCGUGAUGAAAUGGUGAAGAAAGUGAUUGAACCAAUGGCUUGUGAAGGGCUGCGGACCAUCUGCCUGGCGUACAGAGACUUUGUUAAGGAACCUGAAUGGGAUAAUGAAAAUGAGAUUCUGAGUGACCUGACUUGCAUCACUGUUGUGGGAAUUGAGGAUCCAGUGCGACCAGAGGUUCCAGAAGCCAUACUGAAGUGUCAGCGAGCUGGUAUAACUGUUCGAAUGGUGACUGGAGACAAUAUUAAUACUGCACGUGCCAUUGCCACAAAGUGUGGCAUAAUCCACCCUGGAGAAGACUUUCUGUGUCUAGAAGGAAAAGAAUUCAACCGGCUUAUCCGCAAUGAGAAGGGCGAGGUUGAACAAGAACGUCUUGAUAAAGUUUGGCCAAGUCUCCGAGUACUUGCCCGAUCAUCCCCAACAGAUAAACACACACUAGUGAAAGGUAUCAUUGACAGUACAAUUGGUGAGAUGCGGCAGGUGGUGGCUGUGACUGGAGAUGGGACAAAUGAUGGUCCAGCACUGAAGAAGGCUGACGUCGGCUUUGCUAUGGGCAUUGCGGGAACAGAUGUGGCAAAAGAGGCCUCUGAUAUCAUCCUGACAGACGAUAACUUUACCAGUAUUGUUAAGGCAGUGAUGUGGGGCCGCAAUGUGUACGACAGCAUCUCCAAGUUUCUGCAGUUCCAGUUGACAGUAAAUGUGGUUGCAGUCAUUGUCGCAUUUACUGGUGCUUGUAUUACCCAGGACUCUCCACUUAAAGCUGUUCAGAUGCUCUGGGUAAAUCUGAUCAUGGACACAUUUGCUUCUUUGGCUCUGGCAACUGAACCACCAACAGAAUCUCUUCUGCUUCGCAAGCCUUACGGCAGGAACAAGCCACUAAUCUCUCGGACAAUGAUGAAGAACAUCCUGGGUCAUGGAGUUUAUCAGCUCACUAUUAUCUUCACCCUUCUCUUUGCAGGUGAGAAGUUUUUUGACAUUGACAGUGGGAGGAAUGCUCCACUUCAUGCUCCUGCUUCAGAACAUUACACCAUUGUGUUCAACACUUUCGUCAUGAUGCAGCUUUUCAAUGAAAUCAAUGCUCGCAAGAUUCACGGGGAGAGGAACGUGUUUGAAGCAAUUUUCCGGAACCCCAUCUUUUGCAGUAUUAUUGUGGGCACUUUUCUAAUUCAGAUUAUUAUUGUGGAGUUUGGAGGGAAGCCAUUCAGCUGCUCGGGGCUAACCCUUGACCAGUGGCUAUGGUGCAUCUUCAUUGGGGUUGGAGAGCUUCUCUGGGGACAGGUAAUCUCCUCAAUUCCGACAAGCCGCCUAAAGUUCCUGAAGGAAGCUGGCCAUGGUACAACAAAAGACAACAUCCCUGAAGGAGAGUUAAUGGAGGACAAUGAUGAAAUUGACCAUGCUGAGAUGGAACUUCGUCGGGGACAAAUCCUCUGGUUCAGAGGUCUGAAUAGAAUCCAGACUCAGAUGGGCGUUGUCAACACAUUCCAGGGUGGACCUUCCUUGCAGGGAGCACUGAGGCGGCAGCCCUCCAUAGUCAGCCAACACCACGAUAUCAAAGUGGUGAAUGCGUUCCGCAGUUCCUUGUAUGAGGGGAUAGAGAAACCAGAAUCUCGAAGCUCCAUCCACAACUUCAUGACACACCCAGAAUUUGGAAUGGAAGAUGACGAGCCUCGGAUCCCACUGAUUGAUGAGACUGAUGUAGAAAUCAAUGGACUUGCCCCAAGCCCACCCAAUAAGAAUAACAAUGCUGUUGACAGUGGAAUUGGCCUACCCCUCACAGAUGCGAGCAAGCUCGCCUCUUCCAGUCCAGGAAGCCCCUUACACAGUCUAGAAACAUCUGUCUGAAUCUCUUUACACAACAUCCAUCACCCCCCCCCCCCCCCACCCUUACCACCCUUGCUCCCAACUCCCCCAACCACACCCCAAGUGGAUCUCCAAUCCAUGAACUUGCAGCUUUCACUCUGUUUUGUCUUGUUUUGCAGGAAGCAAAAAAAAUUGAAUGAUAAUUGGCAAAUUGACAGGAAGUCUGCAGAUCCUAAAGCAUUUUAUGUAGGAUGAGCGAAUGUUUCUGGCAAUAUGUCAUCUGAACAUGAAACACUAUCUUAAGAUUGUAAAACACACCAACUGUCAUGCCAGAAUAAUGUACAGAAUGGUGAGAGUUAACGGAACAAUUUAUGUCGACUUUUACUUCUCCUGUCACCAGCACUUUGGAGUUUACAAGAUGUCUGUUUCAAUUUAUUCAAAUUGAAAAGGCCACAGAUUUCGAUAACAGUGAAGUGAAAUGCCAAAAAAAAUACCAAUUCUAUAUUUCCUGGAGAGUGUUGUUUGCAGUAUGAUAAACGGGAAUUGUUCUUGUAGUUUGGUUCAUGUAUGGAGCAGCAGGGAGGACAGACUUAAACUAACUUAUAUUAUUAGUUUUUAGUUUGACCUGGCUUGCUGAUGACCAGUAUUAGGUCACUUUUGUAGCCAACUGCCAAGUGGCUUUCAACAUUUCACUGACAGAGGCAAGUGGCGAAAUCUCCUAAAUUUCAAUGUGCUGGUUGUGCUUCACAUCACUUGUACACUAUAACUAUCUUUUGGUCUCCUGGCAAGGUGUGAUCCAUGUCUACAGUAGACUCCCUUUUACAAGUGGUCAGCAGUAAUGUUCCAGUCUCAAUGGGAAAGCUGUUAAAAAUCCUUUGAAGACUAUCUUUGUAUCAGCAAUUUUAGAUUAUUUGCAGGGUUGGGGUUUGAGGUGGGGAGGAAGGGUGUAGAGAAAUAGUGGCACUUGUAUUUUUUUGGUUGGUCAUGGUGACAGAUUAUUGUUGUUGACUGCCAGAUGUUCAACUUCCCAUUAAAAUUGAGUGGAAGCGGGAUGUCUAAUCAUUGUCAGUGCGCUGGGGUAUGGUGACAUCACAUGCACACUGAAAUGUGUUCUGCCUUCUGACAAGGUGACUGAUGUCUGAGACUAACAGUCUAAUGAGGCAAUUGACAGCAAAUCUUUCAGUUCAAUUUAACAUAAAUGAUGUAUGGUAAAGCUACUUAGAUCCUUUUCAGUAGCCUUCUAAAUUCACAUUUGGUUCAUACCUUUCUUCAACAAAAACAUAAAGCCAAGUGGGAUCAAAAUUUGGUAGGAGUUUGGUUUGGAAUGUAUGUUUCUGGCAGCAUAUUUGCUACUUAGUUUAAAGUUUGUUGCAGGGGCUUCAAUUCCACAAUGGCAGUGUUGUCUGUUUAGUUCUAAUUUGGGACUCUUUUUGGAAUGAUACGUACACUUAAACUGGAAUAAAAGAAUGGUGUUUGCUAAACUGGUAGGCAAAAUGAGGGAAGCAUAGUGGCAUAUCAUGAUUACAUUUGAAUUUGUGGGAAAGGUUUCUCUCUCACACAAAAAGAAGCUUUUUUUAAACCUUAGCAAGCCUGCUGUUAUCAUCAUACACAUUAAUUUUUAUAACCAUUUAACUUGUUCACUUGCCUGUUUGGUUCUGCACAUGAUACUUCCUGAAAUAUUGGCCAUGCGUUGAUGCCUUCGUAAUUCAGUGAAAUUGAUUAUAUUUAGCCAUUCACUGAAUACAGUGGAAGGGAACUUGAUUUGGCUGAACUAAAGUUAAGUGAAGUUUUCAGGAUGCAGAGUUACUAAGUGGCCAGGUAUUCGGACCUUUUGAUUAAGCAGUGACUUGUAACAUUAAAAAAUUUGGGUAAUGGGGCGAAUCUUCAUGACAUCAUGCAAAUCCUUGGGUACAUAACUUUGAAUGAUGGCAGAUUCUUUAUGGAUCAAUUACUUGAUACAGUAGAGCUGUUUUAGAUGGUACUAGAAUUUGUAUUUAGUCUCCUGCCUGCAUGUUGGUUGAGAUGUAUGUUUGAAGUACCUUUCCUCUAAAAUAUUGUCUAAAGUGAUUCCCUGCAACCCACACCACUCAGCACCUUUUUAAGUAAUCAGACCUGAAGAGAUAAAAUGUAUUACUGCAUAAGAACAAUGUUUCUGACAUUUUUCCUAACCAAAACCUUUAAAAUAUUGGUAAGUACAGAACUCAAAAGCUCCUCUUUUUUUUUCCAUAGUACUAGGAUGGGUGAUGUAGUAUAUGGCAGCUGCCAAAGUUGAUUUUAAAGUCUUCAUGAGGAGUAAUGACAAAAAGCAGUUUUUGUCUACACUAAAUACUGAAAUAAACAAGAGAAGAAUUGUAAUUUAUCUUUGAUCAUGAGGUGAUAUUCUAUAGACCAACCAAAAAGGGACAUUACAGCUUUAAUAGGACAAUGUUAAGUUAUAAAAGAAUGUGAUAUUCUAACUUUCAUUUAACUAUGAAGGAAGUGAAAGGAUAUUUCUUUCUACCACUAUGCACUAAGUGUACCUUUUUAGUUUAAUUUGUUUGUACCUGAACCAAAAUCACCUCUUUGCAUCUCCUGUUAGCAAACUUGUUGAGGUAUAUGUUGCAUAGUUUUGUGGAAGAGGCAGAGCUUAUAAUUGUUGGAAAUUAUUCUAAUUCCUCCAAUCAAUUCACAUCUCCACCUUAUCACAAAGCUGCAUUAGAUACAUUUCACCAUUCAGUUGCAGUUUCACACUUGCAUAGUAUGUUGAGAAAGGACUACAAUAAUAUUUAAUAAGAAAACCUGUCUUUGUUAGUAAGUAAGGAAUUGGAAUGUAUAAAUUGAGCAAACCCUUGUAGAAAUGCAUAUAAACUUGUUUUGAAAUUAAUCCUAACCAAUAAAUUAAAACCUUUAGCUAUCUUUAUUUAAUCCACUAACAACAGUUUUGCUGACCAUUUAAAACUGCUGGCCAAAAUUUGGAAUCUAAAAGGAAGAGCCCAGGUCAUAGUUUUUAAAAACUAUUUAUUGCAUUCAACAUUUUCUAUCUAUUUGCCAAAGUCUCACUUCAGGUAGUUUUGUGUAAGGAUAAUCUUUCCACAUAAGCUCUCCAUGUUGUGCAACUUCUGCUUGGUUAUUGAAUUUUGGCUGGCUGCUGAAGAUGUAAUGUCUAAUCUGACUGCUUCUGAGCUGCUGUAAGUGUUUCUUUAAGAUUUUCUUAUAAGAAAAUCUUUGUGGUCGGCAUGGUGGCACAGUGGUUAGCACUGCUGCCUCACAGCGCCAGAGACCCGGGUUCAAUUCCCGACUCAGGCGACUGACUGUGUGGAGU